AUGGGGAAGCACUCCCGAAAGUCUCUGGGUCCAAACGGAGGUCAAACUCGAGAUAUCGGCCUCACGCUCUCAGAGCCCUCCAGGCCCAAAAUGGCAGACAUGCUCCCUGACUCACCUCAUGGGAGCAUGUCUUCCAUUUUGGGCCUGACUCACCUCAUGGGAGCAUGUCUGCCAUUUUCAGUCUCAGAGGACAGGGACUUUGAUCCGGAGGAGUUCCUGACUCGGACCCGCGGCGGCAAAGCCUUCUCCCAGAGGCAGCCAGACCCACAGUGGGCCACAAAGACCGACAGCACCACAAUGGUGACAGACCUCAAAGCCUCAGAAAUGAGGAGCCUAAAGACAGACCUGAGCACCCUAACGGGCAGGAUCAAGGCCACAGAGGAGGAGGUCCAAAGCCUCGGACUCAAACAAGCCUCAACCAAUACACACCGGCAAGAGGUAUUAAUCGUGCAGCGCUAA